AUGAAGUCUGGGGUUUUUGUCGCCGUCGUGGGAGCUGUGGUGAGCUCUGUCACUGCCUUAUCCGUCCCUCGCGUUACCGAGGAUAAAGGCUACAUCGCCAUGCCGGUCAAGCAGACUAGACCCGACCUGAGCCAUCUUAGCAAGAGAGACGCGAUCCAAGUUAUACUCAAUAACAGAGAGUUUUACUACUCUACGGACACCCAGCAAGUGACCGUCCUUCUCGACACGGGCUCUUCUGAGCUCUGGGUCAACCCCGAUUGCAGCACCGCGCCGUCGGCUGCCCAGGCCAAGCAGUGCAGCGCCGCGGGCCAGUACAACCCAAAGAACAGCCGCACCCCGCCCCUCGGUCCCAUUGGCACUCGCAGACUCAACUACGGAGACCCCUCGGACCCUAACACUCAGACGAGCGCUGAGAUCGCCUACUACACCGACAGUAUCACGAUGGGCGGUGGUACUCUGUCCAACCAGACCUUCGGUGUCGUCACUAAGAGCGAGGGCAUCGCCACAGGCAUCAUGGGCCUGGCUCCCGAUCUGAAGGCCGGGUUCGAGCACGGAAAGCCUUAUAGCCUGAUCCUCAAUAGCCUGGCUGACCAGGGAAUCAUCGGGAGCCGCAUCUUCUCGCUGGAUCUGCGUCACGCGUCUGCGGACUCGGGUGCACUCAUCUACGGCGGUGUCGACAUGGGCAAGUUCAUCGGUGAGCUUCUACGAGUUCCCAUGGUGAACGGCGUUAAGGGCGAGCCUCGCCUCGCUGUCGAGCUUACCGGCAUUGGCAUGAACAUCGCCAACUCUCCAAAGACCUACACUCUUGCCCCUGAGGAUAAGAACGUUAUGCUUGACUCCGGCACAACCCUCACCCGCCUGCACCCCUCCCUCGCCCGCCCCAUCCUGGCAGACCUGAAGGCCACGACCGAUAGCGACGGCUACUGGACUGCGGCGUGUUCCCUGCGCGAUAGCAGCACCGACUCAUACGUCACCUUUACCUUUGGCAGGAAGACCAUCCGCGUGCCCCUGAGCGACUUUAUCCUCGACCUGGGUCCUAGCGAUGGCCAGUGCUACGUUGGUCUUGUUACCACCACCGACCAGCAGAUCCUCGGCGACAGCAUGAUGCGUGCCGGCUAUUUCGUCUUCGAUUGGGACAACCAAGCCGUCCACCUGGCGCAGGCAAGCACCUGCGGCAAGGAGGAGAUCGUGACCGUUGGCAAGGGUAGCGACGCGGUGCCCAGCGGUGUCAUGGGACUAUGCGAGGGGCCCGCAACGCCGGACGGUGACGCAAACCCCACGACGUCUGCAGUGAGUCCACCUGCUUCUUCAACUCCUAACACCCCGACCUUGCCCACCAGCGACCUGGUUACCAUCACCAAGACUGUGGACAACGGCCCGGCUCCGACCCCGACCCCGACUUAUGUUACUCUCUCUGAUUGUGCCGCAUUAACACUUUGCCCUCAGUCGUCGUCCACAAACGGUGCCUCGCCUCCUUCGUCCUCCCCUUCUGGAGGAUCACAGAACGGCGGCUCCUCCUCGGCCCCCUCGAAGAGCACGGGCGUUAGCGCUCCGACCGCAUCGCCCACGGGCGGCUCUUCGUCCUCGGAGUCCUCCGGCUCCCACUCGGCUGCUUCAUCCCUCACCGACGAGCGAUUCCUGAGUCUGCUUGUGGGUGGCUUGAUGACGUUGGCGGCGGCGUUUUGGAGUGUUUGA